AAGCAGAAAUAUUUGAAACAGCAUGGCGCAUAUCGGAUUAAGUGUAAAGAGCCAAACGUUAAUAAUAGUUCUGACUGUGUGAUCGUUAAACUGGAUGUUAAUAUAAUACGUGAUAAUUACGGGGGAAAUAGUAACUUUACAAGAAUAAAGAUCAUCCACACGUGCAGUUAUUUAAGCCCUGCACUUCCACAACCGCAGCGGAAAAGUCUUUCUUUUAUCAUAAUCACGCUACUUAAAAAAGAGGAGGCAGCAACUUUUGCCAGAGAAUGCGUGGAGUUAUCGGCUGUAGAAAAGCAUAGGCUGAAGAUACUCGCUCACCGGUGUGGAACAUGUUAGUAUCGAAGAAAACAACAUAGAGAAAAGCAGUCGUAUUGUUGUAUGAGUUAACAAAUCAGUUGUACUACCAGUUCAACAGCGCUUGUAAAAUUGUUGCGGAAAAGUAUAAUUAUGUUUUUUAUGCCGGGGGAAUAACUAACGCAUGAUUGCACAGAUUUUCUAGUGAAUGGUUGGGAUAAAAUUGAUUAUCAGAAUAUUCAUUCAUUGUGCCGGGGUCUGUGAACGAUUUAUUUGAUUCCUGUUAGGCAGUGUGACAACGCGCUUUUUAAAAGUGGAAAUGAUUGACAUUAGUGCUAUCGAUGCGUAUUAAAGGGCGAAAAACUCAACAUUUACAUGUCAGAUGAAUAUACUAACAUUUACCUACUGUGUUUUGUGAUUUAUAUAUACAGAUGAAUAUUCAUAUUUCAUCCUCUAAGUUUUUUUUGAGAAUUAUAAUCAGCUGUAAUAAUGGAGAAUUAAUAAUCAAUGUUUAAAAUUGAUAUUAAAAUAGAAGCGUGGAUUAAGAAAUAAUGUGUAUACAUUAAUGAAAAAUAUAGCCAACAGUGUUUUCUCAGUUUGUGUCAAAUUUGUGAGACAAACUACAAGAAGAAAAGUGAAUUUUGGAUCUAUACAAUAAACGACAGAUGUCAAUUUUGAUCGGAAUAUAUCAUGAAUCAUGCUACCACCGUCUCUUUGGGAAUAUCAGCCAAACUGGACUUUGUUAACCUUUAACAUACUCAUUCUUCUCGGCAAAGUGUUGGGUUCCCGUGAACACCGUUACGAUUAUUACCCGAGUCCAAGACCAAAGUUUUUACCUGGAGGAUCCAACUUCACGUUUCAUCAGGGCGAUACAGCAACAUUAACUUGCGGAGUGAUGGAUUUAGGAACGAAAACGGUAUCAUGGCGGAGGGAUUCAUCACUACAACCCCUUGCAAUAGGGGAGAUGAUUUUUUCACCAAAUACAGACUAUAAGAUACACCAUCCUGAAAACUCUUUUUAUUGGAACUUACUCAUUAAAAAUGUUCAGCCCAAACACGCAGACACCUAUGAAUGUCAGAUCAGCACGGGCGACAAGAUGAAGAGACGGAUGCAUUUAAAUGUAAUAGAUGAUGAUACCUUCAGAAAACCUGUGAUCAACAUAAGUGGUUUAUUUCACGUGGACAAAGGACAGUCAAUUAAACUGCUUUGUAAUGCUACCGGUGCAGUUGCUCCCCCUGAUUUUAUAGACUGGUAUAAGGACGGAUUACAACUGCAGUCAAAUGAGAAAAAAAUGGUGACUAUAACCAAGAAAUUUUCGUACGCCACGAGAAAAAUGUCAAGUGAAUUAGAAAUUAAAAACGCACAGAUGUCUGAUAAGGGGACGUACACAUGCCGGACUUCAGAUUUACAAGUGACAAGUGUUAAUGUUAAUAUUUUAAACGCAGAGAAGCCUAAAAUUAAAAGAGUUCCAGAAGGCGACAAGCUACAGGCUAACACAUUUCAAGGAGAUUCCAGCGGAAGCACUAGCGGACAUGUGCUCUCAGAAAAGUUCCUAUUUAUUGUAUCAACUUUAUUUGUUGUUUACUUAAUUUUAUGGUCACAUGACGCAAGUUGAUACCACACAGCUAUCAUGUGAUUCCUCUAUGAUUCCAAUGAUGGAGAGCUCUCAUUGUCAACAUUGUAUGACAAUAAAAGUAAGGAUAAUCAAGGUACACUAAAAAAUAAAACCACCAGAUUGCACCUGCUUUUUAUGGAUUCACGCAAUCAACUUCCGCCAGGAAUAACAUGGUUAAUAGCACCGGAUAUGUCAACCGUUGGAGCUCGAGGCAAUAAAAUUAUGGCCGACAUAGGUUAAUCAUUUGAGGAUCUUGACAAAGACACUGUAUUCUGCAGGGGAAUUGCAAAACCUCGUUUUAUUUUGUUAUCCAUAAGUUAAUGGCUGUAUUAUUCUGUAUAUAUGUGACACGUUCACGUUUUUGAAUAUGAUUAGACUUGAAUAAACAAAUUUUGCGGUAUAUUCUGUGAGGAACCGCCACUUACUUUGGUUAGUUUGGACUACCGGGUAUCUGUAUGCCCAGUUUCCGCCCGGACACGUUUUCUGGAAAGUAUUAUAGAGGCCGUUUUGUUUAUAUUACAAAUAAAGAUAAAUAUACAUUUUAUUCAUUCGAGCAUAAUGUUGCACGUCCCAAAUCACAGCGCAAUUUUGUCAUACAUCAGCAAUGCGUACACGUGAUUAAAUGUAAAAAUAUGUUUGCUUUUCAACCGAACCUUGAGUAGCAGCAUUUAUUUUCUUCCAGAUUGUAAGUAAAAUACACGUGCACCACGUUUCUCAGAUUUAAAUGCUCAAUACACAAUCUAUAAAGCUCAAAAUGAAAUUUGUUGUGCAGCCAGAAAACGUUUCAGGAUUAUAGAUCUUUUAAGAAAAUGUUACAGUGAUACUUUACGGCCUUAAAUGCAGUAAAUAUUAUAUAUCAUAGACGAAUUCUAAAUAAUUUGAUUCAGCUAUUCACAUUUUCAAUGAAAUUAUGUGUAACCUGUAAAUAUUACAUAGAUUCAUAUGGAAUAUAUGCGUAUAAUUUAUAUUAAGCUAAAAACAAUUCGUAUGUUUUGGGAAAUAGAAUAAUAUCAAGAGCUGGAUUCAAAUUAGUGUUGAAACCGUUCAUCAUAUAAUUAUAUGAUCUGUGUUUGUUUCUUUAUUCAUAUUACAUCUUUUUUCAUACUGACAGUGUUCCAAUUUAUGACAUACUUGUUGAGAAAGUUGAGGUUUUGUUGAGUACUCGAUCAUUUUCCACUAUAAAUCAUAAACAUUGAAGUUUAUUUGUUGUAUACAUUUAAUCUAACAUCAAAUCACCGCACGUAUUGAGUGUGCAAUAUACGGAGUCAGACUAAAGGUCAGGGUUAGGUUUAACAUGGUUUAAUGGUGUACGUUCAAUGCGUUGUACAUUCAAUGCGGGAGAAAUAAUGCUGACCAUCUGCAAAGCUCACCGCAGAGGUGUCUUGAUAAAGACGUCUUAUUACGAAAUAAUUGACAAACAAACGACAGCAAAUACCUGAGCAAAAAUAUACCACUUGCUUUCAUGGCAGCAAUGACAUAGCAUGGCAUACUGACACAAAAGUGAUGUCUUCUUUACAACAUUACAAAAAUGGUAAUAUACAUAUAAUAUAUUAUAAAUAAAUAUAAUAUGGAGUGCUGAAAUAAAAUGUUACUGUUGAUAUUUAAUUGAUUUUUAAGUUAUUGUUUUGUUGUGUUUUUUUUAUGUGGGACCAUUGUUAUUGACAAUAUGAUCAGUUUUUAAAAAAGUUAAAACUUUUGUGUCAGAUGCAAUUUAUAAAUUAAGACUUUCUGAAGUUAAUAUUAUAGCAUUUAGUUAUACUUCUCGUUCUAAAUUUCGAAAUUCUACAACAGACACACGUAUCAAAAAUGUAGCAAUAUCUCCGAACAGCAUUAGUUAAAUAUCUAUCCAUGUUGCGACAGCUGACACACCUUUUCUAUAAAGUUAUUAACUUUCUGCAACAGUAAAAGUGAAUUGCGCACGUAUUGUAUUGUAGGUGCCUUGAAAAGUCUCUAGAGUUCAUUUGUAUGGUAUAGUACUGUUAACAUAUUCAUUUAUGAUUAAGAUACAAAAGUUUCUCAAAUGCAUUUGCCUGCGUAUUCAGGAAGUCGAACAUUCUUCAAAUAAAGAAACAAAUUGCCCUAUUUGUCUUUGACAUUUAGGGACUAAUUCACACAUGUUCAUUAGUUUCACUCUAUGUUCUCUCCUAAAUAAAGCAUUUUGCAACACAUUUGAGCCGCGGCAUGAGAAAACCAACAUAGUGGCUUUGCGAACAGCAUGGAUCCAGACCAGCCAACGCAUCCGCGCAGUCUGAUCAGGAUCAGUGCUGUUCGCUUUUAAUGCCUAUUGCAAUUAGAGCAACCGUUAGCGAACAGCACUGAUCCUGAUCAGACUGCGCGGAUGCGUUGGCUGGUCUGGAUCCAUGCUGUUCGCAAAGCCACUAUGUUGGUUUUCUCAUGGUGCGGCUCAUUUGUUCAUAUGUGAUACUUAAAUCGUGUGAAAGGUACAUCUUGCAGUUAAUACUUUAACAUAUGUGUUAUAUAUAGCCAAAUUGUUCAAAUGAAACUACUGUAAAUCAUUUUCUUGAAACAUCUUUUACCAAAAUUCAUUCUUCAAAAAAAUGGUCACAGAACUUCACUAUACACUAUUUUAACAAGGAAGAGUGUUCAACAAUGAAACUAAUCUUGAAAGAAUCGACAUUUUUCAAUAAUGCAGGACGUUAUGUACGUAUAUGUAUGGAUAUGUUGAUAACGGAUAUGUAAUAAUGUCUAGGACUUUGCCACAGCUGAUUACAUUAUACUAUGCUUACUAGUAUUGUCCAUUUUAUUUAUUUGUCUGCAGCUUUGAAGAGUGAUAAUGCGCUUACAUGCUAUUGAAUACUACCUCAUGUUGUGCUAUGGUAACUUGUAUAUCUUCACUUUAUCACAGUCAGUCGAAAAUAGUUUACAUUUACACUUACAUUGCGACGUGCACUCAUGGUAAAGCAGAAUAGAUCAUAAUAAAUGCCUUUUAUUCAUAAAAAUCCAAACACAUCUACCUGUAAAUGUGUAUAAAUAAUUUAUUUUGUACUGAUACCGACAUUAGUAACUCUAAAUUAUGUAAAUUCAGUUAACACAUAAUGGAAUAUUUUACAGAAAAAUUGAAAAUAUGAAUGCAUUGUACUUUCACACUGCUGUAUGGCCAUGGUUACUGGACACCAUAUAAAAUGAUAUAUGCCUUCAUCCCCACUGACAUGAAAAGUAUAAUAGUUAUAGGUUAUUAGCUUUGUAUCGGGAAAUAUGCACAAGUUCUUCAGCAGAAAUAUUGCGCGACUUUAGGAGCGGAAUAUUCUUCCGCUGAAGAGCGAGUGCAUAUUUCCGGAUGCAAAGCUAAUAACCUUUUUUAUUACAUACGCAUCUACACGUAUAAAUAUUAUGUAAAUAUCAUACAUAUGUUCAAUAGCCUGAAUAGGCUUGACAAUACUGAACUAAAUAGAAAAAUAUAGUGCAACAACACACACUGAAUACGUCACGCACCAGAUAUGAAAUUCAGGCGUCAGUGUAUGGAAAAAUAUGGGCGUUUCCGGUACCAUUGUAACUUAAUAGGGAAUAGAUACGAGUAUGUAAUAAUAUCAUUAUAUUGCAAUAAUUGUAACGGAAAAUAUUUUUGACGUACAUAAAUUUCCAGUGAGUGUUCGCAUUUAAUGCUAGGGAGCUGUACAUAUAUUGAUAACAGAAACAACGUUAGAAGAUAUCAGUUUUAAGAAAAAUAGUGUAUGUUCUUUUUCUAUGUAUUGUAUCAAACUAUCUUCAUCAGAUGUACAUGUACAAAUAAACUUGAAUCAUAAGAACAAACUACUUUGAUUUAACCCUUAUCAUGCUGAACACGAUCGAUUCUGCAUUUGCGGCCAGUAUAUAUGCAGUCUGAUCAAGGUCUGCACUGUUCGCCAUUCAGUCAGUAUCUUUUUGGUAAGCACCCCUUUUAACAGUUAAUGGUAAUGUCAAAAUUGAAAGAUGUGCAAAUUUAUAGUAAAAAUUAAGCAGACUAAGGGUUAAAAGAAAAUGUGUAUAAUGCAUAGUUCAUUUUCCCGCUUUAAUGCGGUUAUGUGCAAAGUCAGUAAGGCAUUACUUAUGACGGUUUGACAUAUGCAUAUAUAAAUCUGUAUUUGUAUAUAUUUAGGUCAUUUAUAUCAUUUAUUUCUUUCUGUACACAAUGAAUGUUAAAUGUUAAUAUUUUAUGUAUAUAUUGAAAGUUGUUUUCUUUUAAUUUGGUCAUUAAAAUAUUUACUAUACCACCA